CUUUGACAUAAAAACAACCGUCAAAGGGUUUGCCCAUACGCGAAAAAAAGUACCUAGAAUAUGGCUGAUAGAAAACAUAAGCCUAGUGCCGUUGAGCGACCUUUAAGUAAGGGAAAGGCAGAGAUCAACAUAAAUUCAUUUGCUCUGCUAUUUUCCGAGAUGAUCCAGUACUGUCAAAAUCGUGUAGGAUCUGUCCCUGAAUUACAAAACAAGCUCUCAGAACUUGGACAGCAUGUUGGUGUUCGUAUUUUAGAAUUGUUGUUUAUUAGGGAAAGAAACUUGAAGAGGGAGAUCAAGCUUUUGAAUAUUCUCUUAUUUAUUAAGUCUAAUGUAUGGAAGGUUU